AUGGACUCAGAUAUCAUGGACGAUUCCGUCUUUGACGACGACGUCGAGAACGACUCGGACGCCUUCUCUCCCGAGCCAAAGCCCAAGGCGAAAGCAAAGCCUGCCGUAAAGAAGGCUGCAGUCAAGGCUGCCCCCAAGAAGAUGGUUCAGACUACACUCAAGACGACCAAGGCCGCUCCCAAAAAGCGCGCAAAACCAACGAGCGACGAUGAAGGAGGCGAUGAUGGCAACAACUCAGACUUUUCCCAGACGCCUCCUAAUGCCAAAAAGCAGAAGAAGGCACCAGCGGCCAAGAAAGUCGCCGGGAAACCGCUGGAGGAGAUCGAGAACGAUAGUAUGAUGCUCGACGGUACUGCGGAUGCUGCCCCAGCGAAGAAGAAGACGGCUACCGAGACAUAUCAGAAACUGACCCAGCUCGAGCACAUUAUCAAGCGACCCGACACAUAUAUCGGUUCCGUUGAGCGGACAGAGCAAAAGAUGUGGGUCUUUGACUCGGAGCUGAAUCGCAUGAAGUUUCGAGACGUCAAAUUUGUGCCAGGUCUUUACAAAAUCUUCGACGAGAUUCUCGUCAACGCUGCCGACAACAAGCAGCGUGAUCCAAACAUGAGCUUCAUGAAGGUCUCUGUGGACCGCGAGGCUGGCCAAAUAUCCGUUGAGAACAACGGCAAGGGUAUCCCCGUGGAGAUGCACGAAAAGGAGGGAGUUCUCAUUCCCGAGCUUGUCUUCGGACAUUUGCUUGCCGGUUCCAACUUUGAUGACGACGAGAAAAAGACUGUUGGUGGUCGAAACGGUUAUGGUGCCAAGCUCUGUAACAUUUUCAGUACAGAGUUCACCCUAGAAUGUCAGGAUUCCAAGAACGGCAAGCGAUAUAAGCAGACAUGGCGCGACAACAUGGGCAAGAUGGAAAAGGCAAAAGUCACCUCCAACAAGUCCGCUGAUUUUGUCAGAAUCACAUUCAAGCCCGACUUUGCCCGAUUCGGCAUGCCUGAUGGUAUUGACGAUGAUCUUGAGGCCCUCAUCAAACGUCGAGUCUACGAUAUGGCUGGUACUGUUCGCGGUGUCAAAGUCUACCUGAACGACACCCUCCUGAAGAUGACCUUCACCAAGUACUGUGAAAUGUACGCCAAGGCUAUCGCUGAGGAGCGUGGUGCCGAAGAGGGUCAAGAACCUAAAGCUACUGUCAUUCUUGAGGAUUCAAAGGGCCACCCGAGAUGGGAAAUUGCGUUCGCUGUAUCAGACGGCUCCUUUCAGCAAGUCUCGUUUGUCAACUCGAUUGCAACAACUCAGGGAGGUACCCACGUCAACUAUAUUGCCGACAAGAUUUGCACAUCGCUUCUGGCACAUUUGAACAAGAAGAAGAAGGGCCAUGCUUUAAAGGCCAAUCACGUCAAGAAUCACAUCUUCAUCUUCGUCAACUGUCUUGUCAACAACCCCGCCUUUACAUCCCAGACCAAGGAACAAUUGACCACCAAAGCUAGUCAGUUUGGUAGCAAAUGCGAACUGACGGACAACUUUUUGAAAGCGAUUGCCAAGACAGAGGCCAUCACCAACAUCAUUGAUUUUGCCGAGCGAAAGGCAGACAAGUUGAUGGCCAAGAGUGACGGAAACAAGCGCUCGAGAAUCAACAAUGCAAAGCUCGUUGAUGCCAACUUGGCAGGCACCAAGCACGGCCACGAGUGCACCUUGAUCUUGACGGAGGGUGACUCUGCCAAGAGUUUGGCUGUCGCUGGUCGUGCCAUCCUGGAUCCGGACCGCAUUGGUGUCUUUCCUCUCCGAGGUAAGAUGCUAAACGUCCGUGACGCCUCGAUUGACCAAAUCACCAAGAACCAAGAAAUCCAGAAUAUCAAACAGUUCUUAGGUCUGAAGCACAAGACACAUUACGAAGACACCAAAGGACUCAGAUACGGCCAUCUGAUGAUCAUGGCUGAUCAGGAUCAUGAUGGUAGUCAUAUCAAGGGACUUUUGAUCAACUUUUUGCAAGUACAGUAUCCGUCUCUGCUUCAAAUCCCAGAAUUUUUUAGAGAGUUCAUCACUCCCAUCGUGAAGGUCUGGCAGGGCCCCAAUCCCAAGAAGCCACAGAAGCUCAUGUCUUUCUUCACGCAACCUCAGUAUGAGCAGUGGAAGGAGGAGCACGCCUCAGAGGUCAGGAAGUGGCACUACAAGUACUACAAGGGUUUGGGUACAAGUUCAAACGAAGACGCCCAAGUCUAUUUCACCAAUCUGGAUGAUCAUUUGAAGGAAUUCAAUGUCAUGCAGCCGACCGAGGCGGAGCUUUUCGAGCUUGCCUUUUCCAAGAAGAAGGCCGACGCAAGAAAAGAGUGGCUUGGAAGCUUUGUGCCAGGAACGUUCCUUGACCAUUCCACCCGCCGUAUCACAUACGAUGACUUUGUCAACAAGGAGUUGAUUCUGUUCAGUAUGGCGGAUAACAUGAGAUCCAUCCCCUCCAUGAUCGACGGUCUCAAGCCUGGUCAACGAAAGGUUCUCUAUGCUUGUCUGAAGCGAAACCUGAUCAAGGACAAGAAGGUCGUGGAAUUGGCUGGUUAUGUCUCUGAACAGACUGCUUACCACCACGGUGAAGUGUCCUUGCAACAGACCAUUAUUGGCCUGGCCCAGAACUUUGUUGGAUCCAACAACGUCAAUGUUCUUGAGCCCAGUGGUAACUUCGGUUCCAGACUUGCUGGAGGUUCCGAUGCUGCUAGCGCUCGUUACAUUCACACAAGAUUGUCACCCUUUGCCCGCAAGAUCUUUUCUGCUCUGGAUGAACCAAACUUGGAGAACAACGUUGAAGAUGGCAAGAAGAUCGAGCCAAAGGUGUACGCUCCAAUUAUACCCAUGGUUCUCAUCAAUGGUGGUGAGGGUAUUGGUACAGGUUGGAGUACCAGUAUUCCCAACCACCACCCGAUGGACAUUGUCAAGAAUCUCAAACGUCGCAUGGGUCGCCUGGACGACAGCACAGAGGAACUGCCUUUCGAGCCCAUGAUGCCUUGGUUCCGAGGAUGGAAGGGUACGCCUAGAGAAGCAGGACUCAACCGAUAUCAAUUUGACGGUAUUGCGUACCCGGACGACAAGAAGAAGAACGAAAUUCUCGUUACUGAGCUGCCGAUCCGCAUGUGGACUGACGACUUCAAAGCCAGGCUCGAGGAAGUCAUCAAGGCUGAGAAGUCACCAUCUUGGAUCAAGGACUACAAAGAGUUCAACGAUCACAAGAAUGUCCAUUUUGAGAUUCAGGUCGAUGAGAAAGUCCUGCCCACCAUUGAUACACCGGAGAAACUGCUGGAAAAAUUCAAGCUUACCAAGCAAGUUCCCACAUCCAACCUGGUGGCUUUUGACACUCGUGGCAUGAUCCGCAAGUAUGAGAAAAUUGAAGAGAUUAUGGAGGAGUACUAUGUCUUCCGUCUAGGCUUGUACAAGCAACGCAAGGCUCAUUGGCUCAGCGUGCUGGAGUCAGAACACCGAAAACUGUCGAACCAGGCUCGCUUCAUCAAGGAGAUCAUGGACAACAAGCUUGUGGUCAACCGCAAGAAGAAGCAAGUGGUUGUUGACGAGCUGCGUGACCGCAAAUACGAUCCCUUUCCCAAGGGCUCCGAAACAAAGAAGGCCAAGGAUGAUGAGGAUGAGAUCGAGGCUGAGGGUGCAGAUGAGGUCGAGACUGAGACUGAUGGUGACGCUCGUGACUUUGACUACCUUCUCUCUAUGCCAAUCUGGUCGUUCACCCAAGAACGUUUGGAUAGGCUCAAGGAUCAGCUCGCCAAGAAGCAGGCCGAGUACGAUGAGCUCGAAGCCAAGAGCGAGAAAGACUUGUGGUGUACCGACCUCGAAGAGUUUGAGGUGGAAUGGGAGAACCAACUCCGUCUCGAUGCCGAAAUCUCGACAAACAUCCGUCGCAUGGGCCGUCGUGCUUCCAAGAAGAUCGGCGCUGGCGGUGGCCGCGGUCGCAAGGCAAAGGGUGACGAUGAUGACUAUAACCCCACAGCCAAGUCCAAGGCAGCUGCAAAACCAAAGGUGACUGUUGCCAAGGUUGUACCACAAAAGACUCACACACUUUUCGAGAAGAGGUUCAACGCAAAGAAGAAUCUGGAUGGCGCUGAUGAGAAUUCUGACGGAUUCUCCGACGAUGACUUUGCGGCCCUCAAGAGCAAGCCUGCCAAGAAGGCUGCAGCUCCCGAGCCUGUAGCUGAUGGAUCAGAUGAUGACUUUGCUGUUCUAGAAAGCAAGCCCAAGAGCAAGCCCGCUAAGAAGGUUGCAGCCGCAAAGCCUGCGGUGGAAGACUCUGACGAGGAACUUGUAGUUCCCGCGCCCGCUCGUGGCAAGCGAGCCGCCGCCGCUGCAGCCAAGCCCGUGGUAGAGGAAUCCGAUGAGGAGGAGGAGGAGGAGGAGGAGGAGGAAGGGGAAGAAGAAGAAGUGGCGCCAGCACCUGCUCGUGGUAAGCGUGCUGCUGCUGCAAAGGCAAAGACUUGGAUCAUUGAUGACGAUGAUGAUUUCAAGAGCUCCGAUGACGAUGACAACAUGCUCGGCGAUGUUGGGGCUCUCGUCAAGGGAAUACCGGGGACGACGGGUGACUCGGGUGAUAACAAGACUGGCCGCGUUAGUCUGUUUGCCAUGUCGCGCCCUGAUCACAGCCACGAAGGCACAUCAUCUCUCAAGGUCAAAUCCAAGAUCAACAACAAGCAUCUCGACUUGGACUCGCAUGACGAUACCAACUACGAGAUGCUCGCCAAGCCAAGCCCACACAAGUCGCCGUUUGCUCGCAAUGAGGUAGACUCUUUUCUGAGCGACGAUGACUUGCCCGUGUCCAAGCCUGCGGUCAAGGCUAGCGCAGCAAAGGCAAAGAAAUCCGCCUCGCCGACUGAUGAACCCAAGCCGGUCGUCAAGAAAGCUCGAGGCCGCCCCGCAGGGGCCAAGAACAAGGACAAAGAUGAGGCUCCGGCACCCAAGAAGAAGGCUACUGCUGUUACCAAGCCCAUUCAGCUCUCUCCAGCGGCGAAGCUAUACGCCAAGAAGACGGCGGAAAAGUCAAGGGCCAAGAAGGAUGCAUUCGACAUGGAUGAUGAUGAUGAGGACGAGGACAUGGCCGAUUCGCCGCCGCCCCGAGCCGCUGGUCGUGGCAGACCGGGUCGCGCCGCAGCUGCCAAGAAGAAGCCUGUCUACGUUGUUGACGACGACGAGAGCGAGGGAGAGGAGGAUGAUGAUGAUCGAAUGGAGGUGGAUGAUGAGGACAAUGGCGGUCAGGACGAUGAGAGUGAUGCCUUUGCAAUGGACGACUCUGAGUAA